AUGCCUACCAUCCCCCAACUCGCCUGGAAACAGCACCAUCCAGUGUGGGUUGAUCAGUGGCCCCUAUCUGAGACCAAACUGCGCGCACUGGAAGCCCUUGUGGAAGAGCAGCUUGCCAAGGGCCACAUCACUGAGUCCAACAGCCCUUGGAACUCCCCUGUCUUUGUCCUACGCAAACCAGGCAAGGACAGGUGGAGACUCCUUCAUGACCUCCUGAAGAUCAACGAUGUCAUUGAGGACAUGGGAUCCCUUCAGCCUGGCAUGUCCUCCCCUUCUAUGCUCCCCCGGGAUUGGAAGCUGGCUGUCAUUGACAUCAAGGGCUGUUUUUUCAACAUACCCCUCCACCCUCGAGAUGCCCCCAGAUUUGCAUUCUCGGUUCCCUCUCCAAACAGACAAGCACCUUUAAAAAGAUACCAUUGGCUGGUCCUUCCCCAAGGGAUGAAAAAUUGUCCUACCAUCUGCCAAUGGUACGUGGCCCACAUUCUGUCACCUGUGAGGACCCGGUUCCCAGAUGCCAUCAUCCUCCAUUACAUGGAUGACAUCCUGGUUUGUGCUGCUGACGAUGACUAUCUGCACCGGUCUUUACAAAAAACUAUCCAGACAAUUGAAGAUGCUGGAUUUGAGAUACGUGAAGACAAGAUUCAGCACACCUGCCCUUGGACCUACCUAGGACUCCAGAUCCAUGAACAGACCAUCGUGCCCCAGCAGCUGACCAUCAAAGACGACCCCAAGACCCUGCGGGACUUACAUCAGCUCUGCGGGCCCAUCAGCUGGAUACGCCCUCUGCUUGGGUUAACAACAGAAGUCCUUGCGCCCCUCUUCAACCUGCUCUGUGGCAGCGAGGCCCUCGAUUCACCACGCUCCCUCAUGCUGGAGGCCCGGGAAUCCAUCACCGAGGUCCAGGAGGCCCUGUCUUCACGGCAAGCCCACCGCUAUGAGCCCAGCCUGCCCUUCCAACUGGUUAUCCUGGGUGAGGCCCUGCACUUACAGGCGCUCAUUUUUCAAUGGGACAUGGCAUUGAAGGAUCCACUCCUUAUCAUCGAGUGGAUCUUGACACAUAACCAGCCCACUAAGACUAUUACCACUCCACAGGAAAUCAUGGCUGAACUCAUUAAAAGAGCUAGAGUCUGUCUCCGCACUCUUGCAGCCUGUGAGUUCACCUGCAUCUUCCUCCCAUUGGCAACUGGAAGUUUGGGGCCUUUGCUCCAAACCAAUGAGAGCCUUCAGUUCGCUCUCGAUAGCUAUUCAGGCCAAAUUUCUAUACACCCACCUGGCCACAGACUUUUCAAAACUACAUUUAAUUUGGUCCCCAAAUCAUUACAGAGCAAAACACCGCUCAAGGCUCUGACGGUUUUCACAGAUGGCUCGGGGAAAUCCCACAAGUCGGUCAUGACUUGGAAGGACCCCAGGACACAGAAAUGGGAGUCUGAUGUCCAAGUGGCUGAGGAUUUCUGA